AUGAGCGUUCCUACAGGCACAAAGUCCGGAUUUAAGAACAAGGAAAAGCCCCUUGAGGUUCGAAAGAGCAACAUUCUUGCUGCUCGAGCCGUGGCUGAUGCUAUCAGAACUUCCCUUGGUCCCAAGGGUAUGGAUAAGAUGAUCCAAACUGCACGAGGACAGGUGAUCAUCUCCAACGAUGGUAACACAAUUCUCCAGCACAUGGCCGUCAUGCAUCCCGCAGCCAAGAUGCUGGUCGAUCUCUCUGCCUCCCAGGACUCUGUCGCUGGUGAUGGUACCACAUCGGUUGUUAUUCUGGCCGGAUCUCUUCUCGGUGCUGCCGACAAGCUGCUCAAGAAGGGCAUCCAUCCCUCUAUCAUCGCUGAGAACUUCCAGAAGGCAGCCCAGCGAGCUGCCGAGGUGGUCAUGGACAUGUCCAAGCCCAUCGAUCUGAGUGACCGAGAGACUCUGAUUCGAGCCGCCUCCACCUCGCUCAACUCUAAGAUUGUCUCUCAGUUUUCGUCCACCCUGGCCCCCAUGCUGGUGGACGCUGCUCUUCAGGCUGCUAAGAAGACCCCCGAGGGUGGCCUGACUCUGGAUCUCAACGACAUUCGAAUCAUCAAGUCUCUCGGUGGCACCAUUGAGGACACCACUCUGGCCAACGGCCUGGUGCUCAACAACUACGCAGUCAAGAACGCUGGAGGCCCCUCGCGCAUGGAGAAGGCCAAGAUUGGACUCAUCCAGUUUCAGCUCUCGGCCCCCAAGCCCGACAUGGAGAACCACAUUGUCGUCAACGACUACCGACAGAUGGACAAGAUUCUCAAAGAGGAGCGACAGUACAUUCUUGGCCUGGCCAAGGCCAUCAAGAAGUCCAAGUGCAACGUGCUGCUCAUUCAGAAGUCUAUCCUUCGAGACGCUGUUUCCGAGCUUGCUCUGCACUUUUUGGCAAAGCUCAACAUCAUGGUGAUCAAGGACAUUGAGCGAGACGACAUUGAGUUCAUCUCCCGAUCUACUGGUGCCAAACCCGUGGCCGACAUUGAGGCCUUCACUGAGGACAAGCUUGGCUCUUGUGAUCUGGUCGAGGAGGUUGAGUCUUCCGGCUCCAAGACCGUCCGAUUCUCCUCUCGAGAGGGAUCGAACACCGUCUCCAUUCUCGUUCGAGGAGCAAAUGACCUGGUCAUUGACGAGACUGAGCGAUCUCUGCACGAUGCUCUGUGUGUCCUUAGAUCGCUGUUCCGAGUCCCUGCCCUUGUUCCUGGUGGAGGAGCCUGUGAGGUCCAGGUUGCACAGGUUAUUGGCAAGGAGUCUCGAGCCAUGGACGGUGCUUCUGCCAUUUGCUACGAAGAGUUUUCUAACGCCAUGCUGGUGAUCCCCACCACCCUGGCCGAGAAUGCCGGUCUCAACCCGGUCAACGUUGUGACCGAGCUGCGAGUUCGACACGAAAAGGGCGAGGUCAACGCCGGCAUUUCGGUGAGACGAGGAACGUCCAUUAUGGUGGAGGAGCAUGUCAUUCAGCCCGCAUUGGUUACCACCUCGGCCAUCACUCUGGCUGCCGAGUGUGCCAAGGGUCUGCUCAGAAUUGACGAUAUCGCCUUUUCCAGAUAA